AAAAGGUAAACAGGUGAUUUUAAAAGGAAGUGACACUUGCUUUGUCCACAAGCGGAAAUUCACGUGUUUUUGAAUCAAUUUUUCACAAUAGUUUUGAUCUCGGCGCCCAUUUUAAGAAAAUACAAUUGAAUGUGCCCAAAAGUUGGAAAUUGCUUCGAAUCGAGAUGGACCGGCGAGCUCAGAUGGAGGCACGGAGGAGGAAAAUACUCGCCAAUGCAGGAUCCAGGCUGGAGAGGAUAACGGGACGGCCCGUGGAAAUAAAAGAUGUCGAUUUUGAGAGCAAUGAGCAUAAAGGUUGUAAUGGUGAAUCGAAUGGCGCAUGCAAGUUUGAAAACUUGCAUUACCGUUCUACCUCAGAUGAAAACAGAGAAAUUAUCUCGAGAUUGGCCAAUCCUUCCGAAGGGAAUAUAGUCGGAGAGGCUGAUGUGUCUGGAAGAGCACCAGGAAUGGAAAGGAAGGUUGAAACGACAAAAAACUAUUUCGUAGACUGCAUAAUUUUUAUGACUCUAGGAGUCAUGAUAAGGAUCACUUUUGAAUAUAUUCCCGGCCAAAUCCCAAUGCCUAUGUACAUACCUUUUUUCUCGAUAGCGAUCCCAAGGAUAUUUUGCUCGCCAUGGUAUCAAGAUUCUUUAGGCGGCAUACUUCAGACGGUUCUUACAUUGGGCGGUGCAUCACAUAGGCUAAUCAUGACGACAUUCUCUGCCUUUGCCUUCUGCAGGACACUCUUCAAAUUUUUCUCCCUCUACAUAUUCACUUUUAUUGUUACACAUUGCCUCGUGGAAUCCGAAAUUAAUCGCUUUUUGAAGCAAUAAUCGAAACAAUGAAUCACAUUUAUUUUUAUAAUUUAAAAAAAAUGUGAUAUAAACAGCUCAAUAUAAAAUUGGUGCUUUUAUAA